CUUCCGCACGCAACGCCGCAAGCUACCGCAAGCCAACCGCACGCUAGUCCGAGGCAACGCACGCACGCACACGCGGAGAGUCACGGCCGAGCUCGGGAGAGCUUAAUAAGAGGUAAGCUCCCGUCGACUUUUGACCGAGAAAACCUAAAAAUUGUUCUUCAGUCUGAAAAAAGGGAACAUGUACUUGACAAAUCCCCUCCUCCUCCACCCGAGGAUAGGACUUCUGAUGAGUAUGGAGAAUAUUUACGUCAAACCGAUGACAAUCUCCAGGCUCGAUGCUACAUGUUAGCGUCUAUGUCAAAUGAGUUACAAAGACAGAAUGAAUUAUUGGAUAAUGCUUCUGAUAUCCUACUUCACUUACAAGAGUUGUAUGGUGAAAGGACUCGGCAAAUUAGAUAUCAGAUAUCUAAAGAGUUUUUCAGGUGUUGUAUGACUGAGAGCUCUUCAGUUCAUGAUCAUGGGCUGAAGAUGAUAGCUCUUAUUGAAAGGCUUUCGUCCCUUGGA